GUGGUGUCACGUGAAGUUUCCUGAGAACUGAGAGUCAGAUCAAUCAACAUUCGUUGAAAAUGCCUGGAAAUUAUUUUAGCUUUGUUUGCCAGCUUCUUCUCAUUUGUUGUCACUUCAAGCCGUUCUUCUGUUCAAUCAACAGAGAUAUAACAUCCAACUCGCGCUUGUUGCUAAAUGAAUAUCACGGCAAAAACAAUCACCUGGAAAGUUACGACCGAGUUCGGAACUAUCUCCCCGGCACUGCCGGCGGCGGAGCCACGCGAAGCUCCGGUGGUGAAGAAAACAUUUUCCGUGCGAUAUGGAACGUGCCGAAUUAUUGCGAGGAACGAGCUGGCGUGAAGCUGCCACUGAGUGACUAUGGUAUAGAAUUUAAUGACGAUGGAGGAUGGGACUCAGGAAAUGUUAUCUCUUUGCUUGGUGGCGAACUGGGAUAUUACCCCUAUGUGAACAGAGUGGAUGGACGAUUCAUUAAUGGAGGUCUUCCACAGCUUGGUAACAUAACAGCUCAUCUGGAGAAGGCUGCCGACGACAUUCAGUCUAUGAUACCAGACCCUGACUACAAUGGCUUCUGCGUGAUCGACUGGGAGAGUUGGUACCCGCAGUGGGCCUCUAACGAACCUCGGUACAGGACCUACUCCAUAGAACACGUUCGCCGACUCCAUCCAACAUGGGACAAUCUCACCGUGGACACCGUCGCAGAGCUUGAAUGGACGCAGGGUGCCAAGCUUUUCUUCGAGAGCACGCUGAAACUCGGCAAGGCCAUGCGUCCCAAGGCUCUGUGGGGAUUCUACCAUUAUCCAUACUGUAACGUGAUUCCAAACACCACGACAUGUAAUCCCCCUGGGCCCGAACGCAACAAUGAGAUCAUGUGGUUCUUCAAUGAAACAACGUGUCUCUAUCCAAGUAUCUACUUGAUAUCUAAAUAUUCCGGCAGUUAUGCGUCGUCUGUUAGGGGAAGACUGGCAGAAGCGUUCAGAGUGAGAGAUUUAUCGAGUGAUCCAAAAGGCCCCAUCAUGAGCUACACAAGGUUCAACUACACUGAUACUCAUUACUUCUUCACGUUGGAAGAUUUGAACAACACCAUUCUCACGUCGGCCGAGUUCGGGACCAACGGUGUCGUCUUGUGGGGGGACAACUACGAUUGCAAGGUUGGCUCCUGCCAGGAGCUUCGACAGUACAUCAUCGAUGCUCUCGGACCUACCGUGGUCUUGGCCAGAGAGGGUGCUACGGCCUGUAGCAAGAGGGUGUGCUCUGGACAGGGUAGGUGUGUCGGUGACAUACUGACCUGCAGCAAAGGCGAUGAUCGGCAGAGCAGGAAGAUAAGCCCAGAGAAGUCUGGAGUGUGCUCCUGCAGAUGUUUUGUUGGAUGGCAAGGGUAUGAUUGUAGCACUAAAGCAAAAUAUUAACCCAUUGUCGGCAGGAGCCAAGUGAUCCUUGUACAAAGUGGGUGAUUUUUAGUUCAGUGUUGACCUUUUGGUGUUUGUGCUAGGUAAAUGUUUACACAAAUAUAACACCAAACAUAAAAAGAAGAUGGUCCUGAAAAGUCACUCACUGGUUGUUGAAAUGUCAAUGUGAUCUGGAUCAGUUUUACCAAGUCUGAAUAAGUUUCAGAGCUAGAGGAAGCAAUCCAAAUUUCAACACCAAGGCCAACACUGGACUUGAAAUAACCCAUUGUAUUGGAAUCACUGGAUUCAGUAGUUAAAAGGUUAACCCAUUGUCUACUGGAACCAAGUUUGAAAUUGUGUUUUUCCCCCUUAUGAUAUUUUGGAGGAUUAAUCUAACAAAAUGUGCCCUAUUGACUAUUGGUUUUAAAGGAAACCAAAACCCAAGAAGAGGAGCAAUCUUAUUGGAAAGAGU